CUGUCGAGCGAAAGGCUCCGCGGCAAAUUUCGCCAGGCCUUUUAUAUCGAGAGAAGCUCUGGAAGCUUCGAUGUUCGCGAAGGAACAGGUCCCGUUAAUCGGACGGUUGCGAAAACAAUUGUGUUUAGGGAUGAGGUUGCAAUUUUCAGGUCGCCAGAUUGGUCGGGGCGACUAGUGCGGGCAGCCACCAUUGGCGCCGAGUCGCGAUUCCCGCCGCGCGAAGCGAGCUGUCGUUGGCGCACGAGCGAGCCGAGCUCUGCGUGUCGGCACGCGCCAAAUUCGCGCGCGGCGAAAGCACCUCAUCCGCAACACCUUGAUAAACUAAUAAAUAAGCAGCAUCUUCUCCGUCUUCUCUCUUGAUAAUGUAGCUGUUGUACACAGUUGUGGAAUAUGCCAAGAAAUUGUUAAUGAAAAAAGCAUUCCGACUCAUACUUGUGUAGAGGGAUACACCCGGCUGUUUAUCGAUGAAAAUUUUUCUUUCUAUCCAGUAACAGAUGAUAAUCACAUUAUUCGACGAAGCCUUGUCAAUAACAAAGAAGUCGUCUUACCUGUUCAUGAAAACAUUCCAGGAACUAUUAAAAUGCUUUCGGCAAUAGACAAAAAAGCAUUACAGAAGGAAAACGACAGUAGAUCUCUCAAUAAGAGACACGAUCGAAGAGCCAUGAAGUCUACGUUGAAUUAUGACGACGAGGAAGUCUUAAUUUUAUCCGUGCAAGAAAGACGACCCCUCUGGGAUUUUACUAUUCCACUAGAGCAACGAUGCCAACGGGUGACAAAAACACUGUGGAAUGAAGUAUCUGAAGCAUUAGGAGGCAAACUUAGUGGGGAAGAAGCAAAAAAGAAAUUUAAAAAUUUUUAUGACGCCUACCGACGAAUAAUUCACGCAGAAAAUCACCCUAGUGGAUCGGCUAGACCUCCUCUUACAAAAAAAUGGCAUCAUUAUGACACCAUGGAGUUUUUGCGCGAUCGGUGUCUUGUCAAAAAGGGAAGAGUUUCUAAUAUUGACGUUGAUGGUGACUGUUCAAGUAGUAUUGGCGAAUCAAUAAAUAGUAGUGAUGAAACUGGCGAUGACAACGAGCAAUUAGAGUUUGAAACAUCAGGUGUGCCAACUAAAAGAAAGAAAAGUUUGGGACACCAGUCCAGUGCACUGGAAAGGAUUGCCGAUUCACUCUGUCAACCACCAACACCAUUUGUAAUACCACCAGCACCCAAACUCGAUGAAAUUGAUUCAGCUGUAGCAGUUAUUGGAUGCAGGUUGAGACAGAUGAGUCGAAUAAAUCAAUUACAUAGAUGUAAUUCAGCAAAUAAUGAACCUAACUUAUGAAAUACUUAAACGAGAAGAUUAAGCCGUGUUGAUUUUAAUAGUGUUUGCAUUAAAAGCUGUUUUUUUAAUAUUUGAGCAUUUCUUUUAAUAUUAAAAACCAUAAAAACAGCGGUUUUUAAUGCAAAUACCUAUUUUUCUAGUAAAGAAUAUGUAUGUUUAGAUUUAUUUAGAUAGAUUUUGUU